AUGCUAUAUCAUUCUCUGAUUUUCCGCGCUUCUUUUGGGGAGUGCUUCGUUUCGGAAGCUUCAAGCUCAUUACACCAACAUAUCACCAGUACACGCAGAUGUUACAGUUUUAAAAAUAAACAAAUAUCUUCUUCUUGCAACCUAGGAGUAUAUAUUUCCUAUCCUCUAUUCCUGGAGCGUCCGAAGCAGCUGGUGGAGCGUCGGAGCAAAUCUGGUGACGUUGAGCCUGAUGUCCUGCUCCAGCCAGUAGUACUUCAUGCCCAGCUGCCACCCCUGCUUAUGUAUGGACUCCGGGUCUCUCACCGCCGGGUGGUCCUUGCCGUACUUCUCGUAGAGCGUGCUCUCCUCGGCGGCGAUGCUGUACUCGACGUCCCGCAGCCUCAUCUCCUUGGCCUGCACGCCGUAGAAUAUCAUGGCCGAGUGCUCCAUGUGGCCCCACGGCACCACCUGCAGCAUCGCCGCGUCGGUGCGGAGGAAGAAGAAGUUUGUGAGCCCGGCGCCGUGCGCGCCCAUCAGCACGUCGCACGAGUCCACCACCUUGGAGAACUCCUCGAGCCUCAGGUCACGGCGCGGCUCCACGACCACCACCUCGAACCCGGCGGCCUGCACCGCCGCGGAGAUCUCCGGGAUGUUGACGAACUUCCUGUUCCGGCCACGGUUGAUGAGCAUGAGCCGCGGCUUCCGUUUCCCCGUGCCACCAUCGACGCCGCCGGUCGCGUUCUUGUUUGCCUCCUUGUACGGGAUGCCAAGGCCGUCGGGCGGCAGCGAGAAGAUGUCCCGGAUGUACACGCGGAAGUCCAGCAGCGUGUAGUUGCGCGGCGUGCGGGCCGGGUCGAUGCCGAGGUCGCGGUGGCUGCGGAGGCCGACGACGAUGCGCGGGUGGCAGCGGACGCCGGCGCCCUUGUUGAAGUCGACGAUGUCGUAGCGGGACAGGUUGGCGAGGAUGAGGCGGUACUUGUCGACGAACCACGGCUGGAGGUCGGUGACGAGGAACUGGACCUCGCCGUCGUAGGCGCGGGCGGUGAUGAAGAGCGGGACGAGCACGUCGCUGAAGUCGUGCCACGGGUUGGACGUGAGCCCGUUCAUGGCGAACACGACGGCCGGGACGGCGUGCCGGGAGGUGCACUCGGGCGCCACCAGGGACUCCGCGGCGCUCAGGGUCUUGACCGUCACCUUCUCGAUGUACUCCAGGUACUUGCGGGACUGGUCCUUGAUAGCCCACUCCUGGCCGUCGGCGCCGCGCUCGGCUGCGGGCGGGACAUAGAGGAUGGUGCGGUUGCCGCCGAUGGCCCGGGCGUCGCCGGUGAUCUCGCAGAUGUCGUACCUGGGGUCGGACAGGUCGCAGAUGGGCUUGGGCGGGGCACCUGA